CCGCCGAACAUCAACUUGGCUUUUAACGGAAAGUUCAAAUUCCGGGCCACAAAAUGAAAAUCGAACCAUUUCUCCAAAAUGAUGGGCGCCUGGCCGAUGAGAACAUGUCACCGAACCUUUAACAUGACGCAAUCUUCCGACAACGGCCGCAAGCAGACCUUCCCCCUUCCAGCGGAGCAGUUCAGCCCCCUUCAGUCCGUAUUCCGUCGGCGGCUGCUCAACGGAAUCGGCGCCGCUUCUCUACUGGCUGUCGGCGCCAAUCUGGGAGGUGUAUCGAGCUUCCUAUUGAGCUUCUCGCCGGAGGCUUCUCGGAGCCUCAAGCUCGACGCGCUUUAUCCGGUCGGCGGCUACAGCCGGUACAUAGAUACGAAUGAGGGAUUUGAAUUUGUGUAUCCGGAGAGUUGGUUAGGGGAUCAGACGGUGCUGUACAGAGCAGCUGGUAAGGCGGAGAAGCCGGUGGAUCCUCCGCCUCUGGAUGGUGGUGGUGGGCGGCGGAGGAGGGUGAAUGAGCCGGUGGUGGCUUUCGGUCCGCCGGGGUCGACGGGAGAGCUGAAUGUCAGUGUGAUUGUAUCGACCGUCCCCAUCGACUUCUCGAUUGAAGCAUUUGGAGGAGCUGAACGAGUCGGAGAAGCUGUGCUUAGGACAAUAACCAUGCCAAGUCGAGGCACGGGUGUGAAGGGAACAUUAAUAGGGUCAAGUGUGAGGGAGAAUCCCGAGAAAGGGGUUAAGUACUAUGUGCUCGAAUUUGGAAUCGAGAGCCCGGUUUUCCAGCGCCAUAGUGUUGCUGUAUGUUGCGCCCGAAAGGGAAGAUUGUUUACCCUAAAUGCUCAGGCGCCUGAACCUGCUUGGCCCCAAUAUAAAGCACAGUUUUAUGUGAUUGCUGAUUCUUUCAUUUUGGUCUGACUAUAAUGUAUGAGUCACUGGAUGGAAAUGGAGCCAAAAUACUUUUAGGCUGAGGCAAAAGUGUAAUUUUAAAAAUCUGACAAGUAGUUUGCACGUUUUAAUUUUGGUUAGUUCGUAAUAAACAUUUACUUCCUAUAAACUGUAAAUAAAAAAAAAAUAAU